GGAGACAGGAGACAUGCUUUCUCCAGUGGGAAACUACUACGAGUACGAUGCGCUCCUACGAGCUGCUCGUAACGAGUUCAAAGAAGACAUGGAAUGUUUUCCUUUUGGAAUCAACAAUCGAUGGACAAGUAACAAAUAAUGAUCCAAGGUUAUUGGUUGUUCUACAAAUUGAACUGAAUGGAUAAAUUGUUAUUUCUUUCCUGAGGGAAGAACAUGCCCGAGUCAACAAUAGAAAGCGAGCAAGCGGAUGGCAACAAGGGUGACAAGGCUGUACGGAUAGCCUCCGGUUUAGCCUCGCAUCAUCUGCAGCCACCAGCCUCUCCCACGACAGAAACCUGCAACAAUGACGAAGAUUGUCUGUCGGAGGACUCAGGCCAUGGCGAACCCAAUGCAACAAAACCCCAGAAUGAGCAAGAAGAAAGCAGAACCAAGCUGCAGCAGUCCUCGCCUCUGUCGAGUGCAGCGUUGGGGAUUCCUACAACAAAACGUGCGGAGACACCGAAGCGAUUUUCACCAACGCCUUCACCAUCUGUUUCGUUCACCAGCUACGCCGAAGCGGAGAUCCCAGAGUCGAUGUCUGAAUUAUCGGCCGAAGAAGAUAAUCCACCGAGCUCUCCGGUUCGCAGUUUCUUCUAUCCUUCGAAACAGUCGCCUUUGCAAACAAUCGAGACCGGUCCAAUCGAGAAUUUGAAUGGUGGUUGGAAGGCGACUGACGAUCGAGGUCCCGGACGCCGCAGAGUGCAAUCGAACAUGAAUGGACAAACAAAAGUUUCACCUAUUCCAAAGAUCCCACUACGGCCUUCCCGUGGAACUCCAAAACUUGACAGUUCCAGGGAGAAGGAAACAUUUGAAGAUGAACACGACGUAUCAGAUGUACUCAGUCCACGGCAUGUAACUUCUCCACCAUCGUCAAGGGACCCGUCGACGUUAGUUUCACCGGGUUCUAGCAUCAACGAUUCCUCAAAUGUGGAUUAUGCUACACAAGAACGGCAGGACAAGGCCUUGGUCGAGAAAUUCUGGACGGCCUACGAUGAAAUUUUGAUUUUAAGUAUUUUCACACAGGUCGGAAUUCUCUGUCGACUGGGUGCGGCGUACUUCUUUCAGAACUUUAGCGACGUCUUCCACAGCGAUUCUGCUCUCUUUACAAAUUUGCCAUUAAACUGCCUUUCCUGCUUUGUGAUGGGUCUCUUGUGCAGUGGGGAGUCGCUGAUGCAAAUCAUCGGUACCAGAUUCACGCCACCCCGAUUACAACGAGAUUUGCAUCGAGAAACAAUACUGCAGUGCCAGGAAACGACACUGGACGACGGAGAGUCACCGUACGACCAAAGAAUCGUCGACGACGACGAGGAAAUGAUCGAAAUGACGACGAUUGAGACGGAACGCAAGGGUUGGCGGCGGCGACGGAAACGGCGACGCGCGAAGCGAAAGACCAAUCGGAAUCGAAGGAGAAACAAUCGCUUGAGCAACCUUUCGCAGCAACACCGGAACAAGCAUGCGCAAAAUCCAGAUAUAUACAACGAGCUCAGAGAAGUUCAACUAUUGGCAUGGGAACGUCGAAUUCGAGCUAGCAUUUGUUUGCUACUCUUUCCUGUAAAGAAAGAGGAGGUGGACAUCGUCGAGACCUACUUCUCUGAGGGCUAUGAAAGAGAAAGAAACUUUUAUGGUGGAGAAGAAAAAACAGAAGAAUCGGGAACUGUGCUGUCUCCUAAAUUUGAAAAUCAAACCAGUGGAUGCGAUGCAGUAUUCAGUGACAGCGGGAACACUGACAUGGGAGGUUUUGAUGACUUGAUUUUUGAAGAAGAAAUUGACCACUCUCCACGGAAGCCUCCACCUAGGAAGUUGCCGCAUAAGACUCCAGAAAUGAAAUCCACUGGUAAAAAACGAAACCAACACAUUGCUACCGACACCGUGAAUGGGUUAUCAAGAGAAAACAGGGACACUCCUGAACAAGGUCGAAUGCAUGCACGUGGCAAUGUUCACAUCUCUGCUAGGCAGUAUGGGCAGCUAGAAGGGGGGAAUAUUGUUGAUUACGGCACGCACGAAAAUCCAGAUCUAGAUCAGAUUAUUUCGAACGUAGCCACUAACGUAGCUACUGGAGUAUCAAAUAACAUUUCUAUGAUCGG